GCUGAUUCACAUACAAAAAGAAACAAUUUAAUAUCUUCUCAUGUAAUUUUUUGACCUUCAAUUGUUUUAUUUGCUAUUUUUUUCGAGUCUGUUAAAAAACACGUAUCUGAUUGUAACGACUUUGGGGUUGUAUAUUUGUAUGGAUAACUUAAUAGUGGCCUCAAUUCCCGUAAUAGUUGGAUUGAACCCUGAUAAAGUAUGGAUAUUGUCAUGCAGUAAAAAUAUUUCUGGCAUAAUAUGAUGUUUCACUGUAUUUUUGUUGCCCUGGGAGUCUUCAAUGUAUAAUUUCUAACAUAUUAUCAAGUUAAUUACAUUGCUUUCCUGUUCCCCCAAAAAAAAAAUAAAAAAAAUCAUGCUAAUCUACCUCUUGCGGUGGUGUAAUUUUAUCUUCUGCAGAAAGAAGCUGAAUAUGGAUGAAAUUCAUGAUAUCCAUGGUUUGAGAUUGAUUGUCGAAACUGAGGAUGAUUGUUAUAAGGCUUUGAGAAUUGUUCACAAGCUAUGGGGUGAAAUACCUGGGAGGUUCAAGGAUUACAUAGUUUAUCCCAAGUUUAAUGGGUACCGAUCUCUUCAUACAGUAGUGAUAGGUGAGGGUAUGGUUCCACUUGAAGUUCAAAUUCGAACAAAAGAGAUGCAUUUGCAAGCUGAGUAUGGAUUUGCUGCUCAUUGGAGAUACAAGGAAGGUGAUUGUGAACAUUCCUCUUUUGUGCUUCAGAUGGUUGAAUGGGCGCGUUGGGUUGUCACCUGGCAGUGUGAGGCUAUGAGCAAAGACAGGUCAUCCAUUAGCUUUGUUGACUCCAUGAAGCUGCCUUGCACAUUCCCUUCUCAUUCUGUGGAUUGCCCAUUUUCUUGCAAACCACAUUGUGGCUCAGAUGGACCUGUCUUUGUUAUCAUGAUUGAGAAUGAUAAGAUGUCCGUGCAGGAGCUCCCAGCAAAUUCAUCUGUUACGGAUCUGUUGGAAAGAACAGGUCGAGGCAGUUAUAGAUGGACUCCCUAUGGAUUUCCUCUGAAGGAAGAGUUGAGGCCGCGGCUGAACCAUGAACCAGUUAGUGAUCCCACCUGCAAGCUAAAAAUGGGUGAUGUGGUGGAAUUAACUCCGGCCAUCCCAGACAAGUCACUGACAGAAUACCGGGAGGAGAUUCAACGUAUGUAUGAUAGGGGCCUUAACAUAUCAAGCGCAGUGCCUGCUGCCAACACCAUGGCUAGGUUAAGUAGUUGACCCCUUUGGCUCCCCUGAUUGUAUUAUGCGAUUGAUACAAAAUCACGACUAGUUAUUCUGUAGAUAAACGAUAACGAUCUGUAAAGAACACCUUAUUGUUUGUUUAUGAAGGUAAACGAUCUUCUGAAA